GUGGAGAUGGGGAGUUAGAAGCUAUAUUUAAUUCUCUUUUUAUUCUCUAUCCUUCUACUCGUUUUAUUGGUGUUGGUUUUAGUAUGGGAGCAAAUGUCAUGACUAAUUGUUUGGCUAAAUUAGAUAAGGCAAUUCUUUCUAGAAUUAUUUUGGCCAUUUCUGUUUGUCAAGGAUAUUCUGCUAGAGACACAGCACCUCUUUUCAUGGAAUGGGAAUCUGGUCGUCGAAUUUAUAAUUAUAUAAUAACUGAAAAUGUAAAGCGUUUGCUCCGCCAUAAUUUUGCUAUGGCUAUACAACCACAUGUAAAUUCUGGAUUAAUUAAUGAAAAGCAACUUUGGUCUUCAACUUCACUUUUAUGGUUAGAUGAGUGUUAUAGUCGAAGGAUUUAUGGAUUCUCAAGUCUUGAGGAUUAUUAUGAAGAAAUUAGUUGUUUACAACACAUUAAGGGAAUAAAAUUGCCAAUGGUUUGUCUUUUUAUUUUUUUGAAGGAAAAAAAAAUUUUAAAUUGGUCAUUUCUCUCGGAAUUUGGGUCCUAUUUCUGUUGGAGAACCGACAAAGGCGAGAUCUAUCAAAAAUUUCUAUUUAAAAUUUUUUCUUUUAUUAAAAAGUUUUUUUCCAGAUAUUUAUAA